AUGCCGAUGAGCAAAUUGAUGGAGAAGAGGAGAGGGAGGGAGAUGGUGAAGGUAUGGACACCAUUUGUGUCGUCGGACAACCUUCUGAUAUCGAUCAUUAGUGGCAUAGGAGUAGUGAUUGAAUUCACGUACGUUUCAAUCUUCAUCACAUACGGACCAAAGAAGGAGAGGGCGAAGAUCAUCGGACUCUGUGCCCUUGCUCUGAUUCUUUUCAUAACAUUUGCCUUUGUCUCCCUCUUCGCCCUGCAUGGGAAGACCCGGAAACUCUUAUGUGGCAUCACGCUCGACAUUUCCUCUACUAUCAUGUAUGCUUCACCUUUAUCAGUCAUGAUGUCGGUAAUCAAGAUGAAGAGCGUGGAGUUCAUGCCAUUUUCGUUAUCGUUGUUCACCUUCUUAUGUGGCAUUUUCUGGCUCACAUACGGCCUUCUUAGUAGGGACCUGUUUCUCAUCGUGCCUAAUGGAUUGGGGACUGGACUUGGGACUGCCCAACUGAUCUUGUAUGCAAUGACUGCAAGAACCGGAGUUAUAUGA